CUUCGGACACCAUCACCUCAUAGUUAGUCCAAGAUUUUCCAGUCCUAGGAUCCAUGGAAGCCCAGCCGCCGGAGGAUCCGAUCUCCGACGACCCGGCGACCGGAAAUCGGAGCUACUGGAGAUGGCGGAAGCAGGAUUUCUUCCCGGAGCUCUCCUUCCAAAACCUCUCCUCCUACAAAUCCGCUUUCUCCGACACGUGUCCCCGCCUCGCCGAUCGCCUUCUCUCCCGCUCCUCCGACGCCCACGAGCUCCUCGCUUGUCGCCGCGAGAGCGAGAACCCUAUGCGCCGAUGUCUCACGUGGUGGGACCUCGUCUGGCUCAGCUUCGGCUCCGUCGUCGGCUCCGGCGUUUUCGUCAUCACUGGUCAGGAGGCUCAUGGCGGCGCCGGUCCCGCCGUCGUUCUCUCCUACGCUCUCUCCGGUACCUCCGCUUUGCUCUCCGUCUUGUGUUAUGCUGAAUUUGGAGUUGAAAUUCCUGUCGCCGGAGGUUCCUUCUCGUAUCUUAGGGUUGAAUUGGGGGAUUUCAUCGCGUUUAUCGCUGCUGGGAAUAUUAUGUUAGAGGCCAUUGUUGGUGCUGCUGGGUUGGGGAGGUCGUGGUCUUCGUAUUUGGCUAGUAUGAUCAAGAACGAUUCCGAUUUUUUCAGGAUUAAGAUUGAAUCUUUCGCUAAAGGAUUUGAUCUUUUGGACCCAGUUGCGGUCGCUGUGCUUCUGGUUGCUAAUGGCAUAGCCAUGAGUGGAACGAAGAGGACUUCAUGGUUGAAUGUGAUUGCUUCCAUUGUCACAGUCUGUGUUAUUGCAUUCAUCAUUGUCGUGGGGUUUAUCCAUUCCGAAAAAUCCAAUCUGGUUCCCUUUUUCCCCUAUGGAGCGAAGGGCGUUUUCCAGUCAGCAGCUGUUGUGUACUGGUCUUACACAGGGUUCGAUAUGGUGGCAAACAUGGCUGAAGAAACUGAGAAACCCUCGAGGGAUAUACCAAUUGGUUUGGUGGGUUCGAUGUCUAUGAUCACCGUGGUUUACUGCUUGAUGGCUUUGGCUUUGACCAUGAUGGUGAAAUACACCGAGAUUGAUGUGAACGCUGCUUAUUCAGUUGCUUUCGGCCAAAUCGGGAUGAAAUGGGCCAAGUACUUGGUAGGUAUAUGUGCAUUGAAGGGUAUGACCACAAGUCUGCUGGUAGGAUCUCUAGGCCAAGCUCGGUACACCACUCAGAUUGCCCGGGCUCAUAUGAUCCCUCCGUGGUUUGCAUUGAUUCAUCCGAAAACCGGCACCCCUAUCAAUGCCACUCUUUUGGUAACCAUACUCAGUGCAAUGAUCGCGUUCUUCUCCAGCUUGGACGUCCUGUCCAGUGUUUUCUCCUUUGCUACCCUCUUCAUCUUCAUGCUCGUGGCAGUAGCAUUGCUCGUGAGACGAUACUACGUGAAGAAUGUGACUCCUAAAUCCGAUUUAGCAAAGUUUCUCGGUUAUCUGGGUUUGAUAAUAGGAUCCUCCAUCGGGUUAUCAGCAUUAUGGAAUAUGAACCAGAGGGGAUGGGUUGCUUAUACUGUGGCCGGAGGUUUUUGGCUCGCAGGGACUUUGGGAAUGACUCUGCUUCCGAAGCCUCGUGUUCCAAAGGUCUGGGGGGUGCCAAUGGUUCCAUGGCUGCCGGCACUAUCCAUUGCCAUGAAUCUCUUUCUGAUUGGGUCGUUGGGAUAUAUAGCGAUCUUGAGAUUCAUAAUCUGUACGGCAGUAAUGCUGCUUUACUAUCUGUUCGUCGGCCUACAUGCAACGUAUGAUGUAGCUCAUCAGGCACUGGGAGAAGCAAAAGCACAGGAAGGGAGAUAGAUAAGAGCAUGAAUCUCUACCCUGUUUAGUAAUUUGAUAGAUUUGAUAUUGUUUUCUCAUUUGGCUAUAUCGAGAUGUAAGCUCAUCCGAUUUUUCGGAGCUAUCUGGGUAUUGAUUUUCAAUUCACUAGAUGCUGAUUACACAA